CGAAACAGCUUUUUCUGAUAUUUAACAAAUUAUAACACGGAAAAUGUAGGACUAUCGAAGGUAUGGCACGCUAUUGUUCAAGUUUAGUGAAGUGCGUCAAGUAGUAUACUGUGAUUAUUUUUCUCGACAAGAAUUCGUUUCAGCUGUCACCAGAUGUGAUUUAACGUUAGUCUAUCAAACUCCGAAAAAUAUGUUGUAUUUAAAACCGUUAACGUAGGCAAUUUGAUUUAGAUUAUUCUGAUUAAAUGCCUUAAGUAACACACCUACCAUAGUUCUCGAAAACCCCUUCUCUCUUUAGGGUUUUCACUGGUUAACUUCGCCCACGGCUGGCUCCAUGUGAACUAUAAUUCCGAAGCUGUUUUAACAUUUAGAAAUGUCAAUCAUCGCUUGCGAAACUUUUUUCGAAAAACAUAUGCUCCUUUUUGAUAUCAGCAAGAAAUAAUCUUUCAAAUUAAAAUGAUACUUAUUGUAGCAGAUUUUCACAGAGCCAUAAACUGUGGGGCCGCCAGUUGACAAACCACACUUCCUCCUCAGUGACGCGUCCACACUGGUGUUCGACGCAUGUUAGAUAGCUAAUAGGUACAAGUUGUCAGCUCUGUCUUACAUAAACAAGCCCUGUAACAUGGAGAUAUGGCCAUGUGGGAACACUAACCUUUACCCUAUAAAGAUCUAGUAAUAUAACCUUUUUAUGAUUUCUUGCUGAUAUGAAAGAUGUGUUCUUUAUGUUUCUAAAGCCAUACUGCAAGGGAUGUGUUUUAAUGUGUAUAGCAGGUGUCGGGGCUCUUUACAAAAGUGCCCCGGGAAGAAGAUAGCUCCACCAAUAGACGCUAGCGUUAGUGUCUAUGAAUGGGCUAACCUACCAGUAUGGUGGAAUGUGCAACGUUGCACUGUCAAUGAAGAUGGCGUUGGAAUUGCUGUACAAAUUAGGCCAUAAUCAAAGAAAUAUGAAUUGUUACCCAGCUCCUUCCCCCCUCAGUUGUAGAAUAUCCACUGCUGCAAUGGCCAAUGUUUGGGAUGACUUGGAUCUCCUUUUGGAUUCACCUUCCUCUUUGACAGUAACGUCCACUACCCGAGGAACCAUUAAAGAGAAAGCGGGAUUCAAAGCAGCAGAAGAUGUAGUUGCUCUACGGAAGGCCAUAGAGGGAAUAGGUACCACUGAGAAGACUCUAGUUGAAGUUCUAACCGGGAGGAGCAUUGCCCAGCGUCAGCUCAUCUGUAAAGCGUACCAGGAAGCUGCCAAUAGGACAUUAGUGGAUGACCUGAAGGGGGACACCCAUGGGGACUUUGAGGACUUGCUAGUUGCUCUGGUCACCCCUCCUGCUCUUUUCGACUGCCAUGAGGUCAUCAGAGCCAUCAAGGGUCCUGGGACAACUGAGGAGACUUUAACAGAGAUAUUUGCCUCAAGAUCCAACAAGCAAAUCAAGGCUCUAUCUGAUGCUUACUUAGCAGAAACUGGGCGAUUGAUGACUCAUGACCUCAAGUCUGAGGUAUCUGGAGACUAUGCUACAACACUUCUCAUCUUGGCUGAGGGAAAGCGAGAUGAGAGUACGAAUGUGGACCCGGCUAAAGCUAAAGCAGACGCUAAGGCCCUGUACGAGGCAGGAGAGAAGAAGUGGGGGACUGAUGAAAGCAAGUUCAUUGACAUCCUGUGUCACCGGAGUGUUCCUCAGCUGAGACAGACCCUAGUGGAGUAUAAGGCCUUGAGCAACAAAACUCUACAGGAGAGCAUUGAGAGGGAGAUGUCAGGGAAUCUAGAGGAUCUACUGGUGGCUAUUGUGAAAUGUGUGAAGAGUGUUCCUGCCUACCUGGCUGAGAGACUGUUCAAAAGCACAAAGGGCGUGGGGACCACAGAGUCCAUUCUGACCAGGAUAAUGGUUGGCCGCUCUGAGAUGGACAUGCUGGACAUCAGGGCAGAGUUCAAAAAGCUGUUUGGCUGUUCUCUCUACUCCACCAUCAAGUCUGAAACUGCUGGAAGUUAUGGACAAGCUCUGCUGAAGCUGUGUGGUGAAGACGACUAAGGUCCUGUCUACUUGGCGUUGUGGAGCCUCCCACCGAAGGAUCGUAACAAUGUGAAGGCUGUAGUGCACUGCACAGGUUCGAUUUAUUAUAGACACACUCACUGUGUUUCCCUGAGAAACGUGGAUAUGUUUGUUUCAAUGUUCAAAGUUUGACAUUGGGAUGUGUAACCUGGAACAUGUAAUGUGUUCAGCCAGCCCAGACACACUCCAGGAUUCCUUAGCCAGAGUCACUUAUUCUGUUUCAUGUGUUUCCAACAUUUACAUUCCUGAAUGCAUCUCAUUAAGACAAACCUUUAUUGUUAUUAUCCAAAUUAUUAUAGAUAUCAGGAAGGUAUUCUCUGUUCUUGUAUGAGAAGUACUAUUAAAAAUGUUUACUAACA